CCUGCUGCGACGUUACAAAAGUUAACUAUGCUGUCAAUGAUAUCCAUUUUGCCUGUCAGAAAGUUUCAUGUCAAGUCAAGUUUAUUUGCAUAGCCCUAAAUCACAAGCAGUCUCAAAGGGCUUCACAUAGACAGAAAUGGACAAUUAUUCUCAAAGCAUCCCCUGAUCUUAAGCUCCCAAAAGGGCAAGGAAAAACUUAAAAACCCCUACCGGGGGAAAAUGAGAAACCUUGAGAAGGGACCACAGAUGGAAGGAUCUCCCUUUCAGGAUCACCAGGUUGAAAUGGAUGCAGAGAGGGCACAAAUGAUACAACAUGAAAAUCAAUGAAAUAAAAAGUGGAUGUCCAUGUCAGAGCAGAGGGCUGCCGAAGGAGCCCUCAUUUGUCCUGGCAGUGUCUUCGAGGAGGUUGAGCUGCAGUUCCCCCAUCCUGAAUUGGCCCACGAGAAUCCAGAUAGCCGCUGUCAGCAUGGGUGCCACCUAACCACCUCCCCUCAUCCAAAUAAGUAUUCAGGCCUGCUCCCAAAUGGAUCAAGAUGUUAUUGGAAGCGAGAGCAAAAUUGCGCAUCAAAUUCCAACUAUCGGGACACUGGAGAGAGAGUUCCUUCAAGAUGGUGGCCAGAAACUGCUAGACCCUGGUGUCAUGUCUGACGUUCAUAUUUGUUGCAGGAAAAUGAAGGAGCCCAAGAGGCAGCGCAACCGGAAGCUCGCCUGUUCCAUUACCGGGCGAGACACUCGAGCUACCUUUCCCUCGGUGUCGCUCGCUCUGGGUGCCGUGUUCGCCAGCGGUCGGAUGGCGGUCUCCCCGGGCUUGGUUUAAAGAGCGUUUGAGAGCAGUUUCGCCUCGUACAUGGGAGAUGACCCCCUGGACGCGUGGCUCAAGUUUGUGGAGUACUUGGACCAAAGCGGCAGCGGUGAAACGGCGAUGGUGCUCAAAAGGCUGGUGCAGAACUUUCUCGGAGUGGAGCGAUAUGCCGACGACGCCCGCUUUGUCAACGUGUGCAUCAGAUGCGCCACCUACUUCUCGGAGCCCAUUGCCCUGUUCCAGCACAUCUUCAACAAGGGCGUGGGCACGCAGACGGCGGCGCUUUACGUGGCCUGGGCUCAGCAAUUUGAGCGAAAAGCAAUGAUGGAGAAAGCGGACGUCGUUUACCUCAAAGCUCUGGAGAACCGAGCCCAGCCCGUCGACAGCCUCAUGCGAGAGUACAGGCAGUUUCAGGCUCGAAUCAGAAGCCGGGCAGAGGUGUCGGGAGGAGAUCCCGAGCCGUCGCUGGACAGCGCGCCCGCUGCUCCCGCCCAGGCAGCUGCCGCCGCUGCCGAGCUCCCAUCCAGUGGCGUCUGCACAGUUUGGAGCGGUCCCGGCCGUGAGCCCGAAUACGCCGACGGGGAGUUCGUGUCCAUGUACUCCAAGGAUGCGCUGGCGGCGCAAGGAUCUGAGCUUUGCUUCGACGAAGUGCGAGCACGGGCGUACUGGCGGAAGCGGGAGGCCGAGGAUCACCUGAGAACAAAGCGCAGAGCGGAGGGGUCACCGAGGUCGCCCCCGUGUCCCAUUGCACCACCUGAAGCGGAGCGCUCCCUGGCGGCCGCCUCCUCGUCCCCCGCCGAUGGGACGCCGAAGACAUCUGCCACGGAAAAUCCCUCGGCCCACCAGCCCCUCGACAGCGACUUUGGAGGGUCACCCGCGGCCCGCCGAGACCCGAGUCGGAGCCCCGUCUGGCGUGCGCCCGGCUCGGCCUUCCGGGGGAGCGCUUGCCACGACGCGCCCAACUUGCCGCCUUCGCCCACCGUCAACACCCGGGAGGCCUUGGACGUGAUCAUGGGAAUGUUCCGGGACCCCACGCUGACUGAGGAGCUGUCGGGCGACACGUCAGACGAUGCCGUCGAGUCCGCCCUGCCGGGCAAUUGGGCCCCCGCCGCCGCCGAGCCGUUGUUCAUCUACCAGGAUGACGUCAGUGCCGCCGCGUCCCACGCAGCGCCGGGCGAGAGCAAAGCCACGCGAGGCCGAGGCUUGUCGGAGAAGGCGCCGGCCGUCGAAGCCCACGCGGAGGCUGCGGGGCGGGACCAGACGGCCGAGGGGAUGAGCUGUUGGGACGAGGACCGGCUGGCGGCGUGUCCCAACAACACGGCCGACUUUGCCCCGGCGGCGCGCUGCGUGUCCACGCCCUUUGUGCGCAGAGGGAUCGGCGACGCAGGGUUCGUUCAAGUGGCAGACGUUGAAGAUUCCCUCGCCGUGCAAAAAAACAGCCUGCUCCAAAGUCAAGAAGCGGACGUGACGUGCGCUGGCAGCGCGGCCGACCAAAAUCCUUUCCUCCGACGGUGUCACAAGCUCAGUCCCAUCAUGGAACAGAGCCCGCCUGACGUCUCGAGCGAGGGGCUGGCCGCCCACCGGCCGAGCGCCUUGUCUGUUACCUCGCCGGCCGUGCAAAUGUCGCAGGACUCUGUAGCCGCCGUCCAGCUGUUUACCAUCCCGGAGGAUUUGCCACCCGUUGCCCCACAGGAACUCUGCAAAAGCACCUCUGCGGUAAUUGCGAGUCCUGAAAAAGAGCCUUGUCGGCCCUCACCGCCGGGCCUCCGGCGGAAGACGCAAGCGCUUCUGUCCACGGCAGCUGCCCGACAAGGCGUGGCCGGUCCUGACGGCGAUCUCCGCGACGGCGCUCGCCCUCCGUCCGAUCCCUGGAGCGCCGAGCUAAUCUCGGAUUUGCUGUCGAGCGUGAGCCCGCCGCUCGCCUCGCACCCGCAGUUGGUCAACUGGCAGCGCGGGCUCCCCGACAUCGGCGUCAAGAAGACCAUCAGCAUGGGAACGGCGUCUCUGCGAGUGGACCGCGUCCUCGGCCAAGGAGCCUUUGCUACCGUUUACCUGGCCACUGACCCCGCCACCUCAGACAAGAUGGUGCUGAAGGUGCAGAAACCCUCCAAUCCGUGGGAGUUUUACAUCCACACGCAGCUCGACCGGCGACUGUCGCCGUCCGUGCGUCAUUUGUUCAGCCGCGUGCGAUCGGCUCACAUCUUCACUAACGGCAGCGUGCUGGUGGGCGAGCUGCACGCCUACGGCACCCUGCUGAACGCGGCCAACCUUUACAAAAGCCUGGGCGACAGAGUGAUGCCCCAGCCGCUCGUCAUCCACUUUGCCAUUUGCAUCCUGCGGAUGCUGGAAGAACUGCACACCGCCCGCAUCAUCCACGCCGAUGUCAAGCCCGACAACUUCAUGCUGGGGCAAAGGUUCGCGGCCGCCGACGACUUUGAGCCGGACCGCCCGGAGCCGGGCCUGGUUCUCAUCGACCUGGGCCAGAGCAUCGACAUGGACCUCUUCCCGCCGGGCGCUGCCUUCACUGCCAGCUGCUUGACGUCGGGCUUCCGGUGCACCGAGAUGCUCAGCGGCAAGCCUUGGAACUACCAGACGGACCUGUUUGGCGCGGCGGGAACCAUUCACGUGCUGCUGUUCGGAACGUACAUGCAAGUGGUGCAAAACGACGGCGAGUGGCAGACCUGCGCCGCCUUCCGAAGGAUGCCUCACAGAGACAUGUGGCUGCACUUGUUCCGCACGCUGCUCAACGUUCCCGCCUGCCGUCCGGCCCCCGACGCGCUGGCCGACCUUCGGCGCCGUCUAAGCGCCGUCCUGCAGCGCGACUACUGCAACAAGUUGGCGUCGCUUAAGCGCCGCCUGCUCGUCCUCCUGCUGCAGAGCUGCCAGGCCGCAUCCCGCGCGUGACACCGCUGGGGGUGAGGCGCCAACUUCUGGGAUGUGUUUAUAAAGAUAGAAAAGACAAAAUGCGCAGUCGCGUUCGUUUCCUUGUCCACUAAAAACCCUUAAGUGAGUUUGACCGCUAGUCGUCGAGCUACCUAACAACAUGAGACGCAGGGACUGUCGCAGCGACGGACUGUCUGAAGCCCAGCUUGAGAUUGGAUGAGUUCAAAACGUUUGCACAUUUGUGUCUUCCAAAUAAUUGGGCUGAGAGACCCUGAUGGAAGAAUAGACACAGGCAGAACAAGAAAAGGCUCCUCCACUGGAUCAACUUGACAUUUGGACAAAAGUUUAUUCUUCAAAAGUUUAUUCGUGCGUAACGUGGGACGAGGUCAUUUUGGUGUAGUCGUUUCGUUAUUGUAUGUCAUGGGUCGAGCGUGUCAGAACAAAUGUCAAAGUUAAAUGAUGCACCUCAACUAAUAAAAAGCGAUUUUAUUGGCAGAA